GCCGCCGCCGGCGCGGACCCCGGAAGUGGACGGAGGGGACGGCGGUGGCGCCGGCUGCGGGAGCGGGAGCGGCGGCUAGGAGAGAGAGGGCACGGGGCGCGGUGGGGCCUUCAUGGAGGGCCCCCCCGCCCCUUCGGUGGGCGCCUGCCUGCGGGACUGGGACGAACUGCAGCGGGACUUCCAGAGCAUCCAGGAGACCCACCGAGAAUACCGGCUCCAGCUCGAAGAGCUGACCAAGCUGCAGAACAGCUGCUCGGGGGCCAUCGUUCGGCAGAAGAAGAAACUCAAGGAGCUCGCCUCGACUCUGAGGAAAUGCAAAGCCUCCGUCCCACCGGACAAGGAGGAGAUCCUGCUGGAGAUCGAGAACCUCGUCAAAGAACGGCAGGGCGUGUUCUUCGACAUGGAAGCGUAUCUGCCCAAGAAAAAUGGGCUCUAUCUGAGUCUGGUCCUGGGAAGCGUCAACGUCACCCUCCUCAGCAAGCAGGCUAAGUUUGCCUACAAGGACGAGUAUGAGAAGUUCAAGCUUUACCUCACCAUCAUCCUCAUCCUCAUCUCCUUCACUUGCCGCUUCCUGCUCAAUUCCAGGGUCACGGACGCCACCUUCAACUUCCUGCUCGUGUGGUACUACUGCACGCUGACCAUCCGGGAGAGCAUCCUCAUCAACAACGGGUCCCGGAUCAAAGGCUGGUGGGUCUUCCAUCACUACAUCUCCACCUUCUUGUCGGGAGUCAUGCUGACGUGGCCUGACGGACUCAUGUACCAGAAGUUUCGAAACCAGUUCCUGUCCUUCUCUAUGUACCAGAGCUUUGUCCAGUUCCUUCAGUACUACUACCAGAGCGGAUGCCUGUACCGCCUGCGGGCCCUGGGCGAAAGGCAUAACAUGGACCUCACAGUGGAAGGCUUCCAGUCCUGGAUGUGGAGGGGCCUUACCUUCCUCCUCCCCUUCCUCUUCUUUGGCCACUUUUGGCAGCUGUUUAACGCGGUGACCCUGUUCCAGCUGGCCCAGGAACCCCAGUGUAAGGAGUGGCAGGUGCUCAUGUGUGGCCUCCCCUUCCUCCUCCUGUUCCUGGGGAAUUUCUUCACUACUCUGCGGGUGGUUCACCAGAAGUUCCACAGCCAGCACGGCAACAAGAAGGACUGACCCAGGGCCAGGCGCAGGACAAGCUCUUCCCCGUCCCCUGGCCUUGCCUUGAGCCAGCCGCUGCCUCCUCUCCCCCCACCAGAAGUCUGGGACGAAGCCCAGGGGGCACAGGGCAGCCCUGCUGUCCCGCCAUGGGCCCAAGGACCCCGGGGUGAGGGCAGCCCCUGGUCCCCCCAGUGACCCCCCACCUCACCCUUGGGCCCGCUGUGUGUGCCCAGCACUGCCGAGCAUGGCCAUAAUAAAGGGAACGCGGGCCCGA